AUGACAGAGAACAAGGAGCUGGCCCCAGAAUGGCAGGAGCAGAAGGAAAAACGAGAAAAACUGGUUGUGCCGGAGGGGAUGUCUAAACGGGCGUACAAAAAGCUACUGAAGCAAGAGAAGCUGGCUGCGGAGCGGGACGAGUUUGUCGCGAAGCGGAAAGAGAAACGAAAGCAGCUGCGGGAAAACAAGAAACGGGAACGAGACAGCACGCCGCAGCCCAGCCCGCCGGCCAAGCGGAUCAAGCAAGAGCCGACGAGGUCGGGCGUGAAAAUCGUGCUCGACUGCGGGUUCGACGAUCUGAUGACAGAGGGCGAGCGGACGUCGCUGGCCAGGCAGCUGGUGAGAUGCUACAGCGAGAACCGCAGAGCUCCAUUCUCGGUUGAUCUGCACAUUUCCGGGUUCAAUGGCCUCCUCCGCGACCGCUUCGAGAACCGCAUGCACAGCCAUCACCUGCAAUGGGAGGACAUCACCUUCGACGAAACCGACAGCGUCGACACCGCCCAGCCCACCGUGUACCUGUCGAGCGACUCCUCUGACACCCUGACCGAAUUAACCCCAGGCACCACCUACGUCGUGGGCGGCAUUGUCGACAAGGGCCGCUACAAGGACCUCUGCAAAAACAAAGCCGAGAAACUCGGCAUCAGAACCGCCCGAUUACCCAUCGACCAGAACAUUAGGCUCAGCGGGCGUAGGGUUCUGGCCACAAAUCAUGUGUUUGAGUUGCUGCUCAAGUGGCUCGAACUCAAAGACUGGAAACUCGCUUUCGAGGCCGUCCUGCCCUCCAGAAAGGUCAUUCCGCCAAAACAGCCUAAAUCACAAGCAACAGACUAA